UUGUUUCUACACAGUAUUUGUGUAAUUUAUUUCUGUAUCAUCAGUUUUUUUCCACUUCCCUCUGUGUAUACAUCUGCAUCAAGCAACGUGUAAUGCACAGACCUCACAAAGGAUGAGAGAAUUCUGUCAGUAAGAUGUGGUGUUCCAAGUUCCACUACAAGUGUGUGGGGUACAGUAAGUGCCUGCUGGGGACUCUCUAGAUGGUAUUUUUGAAAAGCCUGCACCAUGGAGAACAUAAAGGAGCAGCAGCAUGGAAGUGGAGAGGACCUUCUGCUUCGUGUGGGCCUGAAUGACAACAAAGCGGGCAUGGAAGGGCUGGACAAGGAGAAGAUUAAUAGAAUUAUAAUGGAAGCCACAAAGGGGUCCAGAUUUUAUGGAAAUGAGCUCAAGAAAGAAAAGCAAGUUAAUCAGCGGAUUGAAAAGAUGAUGCAACAAAAAGCUCAAAUUACCAACCAGCAGCUAAGGAAAGCACAACUACAGGUGGACAGAUUUGCAAUGGAAUUGGAACAGAGCCGGAAUCUAAGUAACACCAUGGUCCAUGUGGACAUGGAUGCUUUCUAUGCGGCUGUGGAGAUGAGGGACAACCCAGAGCUGAAAGACAAGCCGAUUGCUGUGGGCUCAAUGAGUAUGUUGUCUACUUCAAAUUACCAUGCAAGAAGGUUUGGUGUCCGAGCAGCCAUGCCAGGGUUUAUUGCGAAGAGACUCUGCCCACAGCUUAUUAUAGUGCCCCCAAACUUUGACAAGUAUCGAGCGGUGAGUGAGGAGGUUAAGGAAAUACUUGCUGAUUACGAUCCUGACUUUAUGGCUGUGAGUCUAGAUGAAGCCUACUUAAACAUAACAAAGCACUUAGUGGAAAGACAGAGCUGGCCCGAGGACAAAAGAAGGUACUUCACCAAAAUGGGAAACCCUGCAGAAAAUGCUACAGCAGGCAAGGAAGCAGACACGCUGGGCGAACGUGACCGCGCCAUCUCCCCGCUCCUGUUUGAAGACAGCCCACCUGACGUGCCGCCCCUAGAAAGUCCUUUUCAUGGAAACAGUGAAGAACAAAGCGGUCCUCAAGUGCUCCACAACCCCGUUGUUUUUGGAACAUCAGCAGAGGAAGUGGUGAAGGAAAUUCGUUUCAGAAUUGAGCAGAAAACAGGACUGACAGCCAGUGCAGGUAUUGCCCCAAAUACAAUGUUAGCUAAAAUAUGCAGUGAUAAGAAUAAGCCAAAUGGACAAUACCAGGUUCUUCCCACUAGACAAGCCGUGAUGAACUUUAUCAAGGACUUGCCCAUUCGGAAGGUUUCUGGAAUAGGAAAAGUUACAGAGAAAAUGUUAAAGGCCCUUGGAGUUGUCACCUGUGCUGAGCUCUACCAGCAGAGGGCGUUGCUUUCUCUCCUGUUCUCAGAAACGUCUUGGCAUUACUUCCUUCACAUCUCGCUGGGUCUAGGUUCAACACACCUGGCAAGGGAUGGAGAGAGGAAAAGCAUGAGUGUUGAGAGAACAUUCAGUGAGAUAAGUCAAGCAGAAGAACAGUACAGCCUGUGCCAAGAAUUAUGCAGAGAUCUUGCUCAAGAUCUCCAAAAAGAAGGACUUAAGGGUCGAACCAUUACCAUCAAGCUCAAGAAUGUGGACUUUGAAGUGAAGACACGAGCAUGUACAGUUCCCUGUCCUAUUUCUACUGCAGAAGAGAUAUUUGCUGUAGCUAAGGAGUUACUGAGGACUGAAAUUGAUGCUGAUUUUCCACGUCCCUUGAGAUUAAGACUUAUGGGUGUCCGGGUGUCUGGUUUUCCCAGUGAAGAGGACAGGAAACAGCAGCAAAGGAGCAUCGUGGGCUUCCUACAGGCUGGACACCAAGUCCCGCCAGCCACAGGCCCUGCACCAGAGGGAAUGGGUACAGACCUGUUGCCAAAACCCCCAGAAACCACUCUUAAAAAAAAGAGCUUCUUUGAUAAGAAACGAUUGGAAAGGAAAGAGGGUCAUCAAGACGCACUGAAAUGUGACGGUACAGAUGAACAAAAUCUGCAGACCUCACACACAGUCCAAGUUUUAAAGAGGACAAUGAAUGAGAACCUGGUAUCAGAGAAUCUACCCAGCCUGGGCACCUUUACCUGUCCUGUGUGCUGUCAGGAGCAAGGAGGGGUCAGUCUGGAGGCCUUCAACAGGCACGUGGACACGUGUCUUGAGGCACCUUCAGGCAGGGAGGCCUCCCGAGUGUGGUUAGGCUCAGGGGCUGCUGCCGCUGAAGUCAGCAACAAGGAAAACGCGCACUGCUUUUUCUCCUGCGGCGAGAAGCAGGAUGACCAGGCCCCACCGAAGAGUGCAGGCCUUGCCACUGGAGGCCCUGUGGGCCUCUCAUCUGAAGCACAAAGUGCAGGCACUUCAAGUCCUAACCACAGCAAGGAGGACCACACUGACCUCCCAGAACACAGCUACCACAACUCUGCAUGGGAAGGCCAAGGGGCCAGCCUAUUUGGGGAGCAGGAGUGCCCCCAGCCGGAUGUAUGUGAGGUCACAGCAGGUCGAGCUCUGGUGUGUCCUGUCUGUAACCAGGAGCAGAAGACGCCAGAUCUUACCCUGUUCAAUGUGCAUGUGGAUAUUUGCUUAAAUAAAGAUGUUAUCCAUGAACUGAGAAACAAUCAGGAUAAUCUAGUUCCUCAACUCAAAGAAAAUUCUAGAAGCUCUGAAACCAGUUUGAGCAGAGUACGGAAGACUUCAGCAAAAACAAAAAGGCCAACACUGAUGAAAACCCACUCAGCGUCAAAAAAAGCCAAGCCAAGCAACACCACACAGACUAUCGAUACUUUCUUUAAAUGAACAUUGCAUAUUUUAGGGUUAACUUUUAAUUGAAAAUAUUUUAUAAUCAAUGAAUUUAUUUUAAUUUACAAAUCCUUUAAUGGAGACAGCUGCAUAAUCCCUCUCUAAUGGCAUUUUUUCUGAGAAUGUGGAAUAUGGUCAGAUGUACUUAUAAGAAUGUGCAAUACGUACAAGUUUACUUCUGUGUACCUUUGCCUUAACAUGAGAACUUCUUCUAUUAUCAGUGAAAAUCAAUCCUUUAGAGACUAUUUUAAAAAGAGAAGCAGAAAUGAAAUAAGAAAGUGAUUUGUUACUUUUACAGUGGACAUAAACCUCGGGGGUCAGGGCUCUCAGUGGCCCCUAAGCACUUGUCCACGGGGGUCAGGGCUCUCAGUUGCCCCUAAGCACUUGUCCACAGGGGUCAGGGCUCUCAGUUGCCCGUAAGCACUUGUCCACGGGGGUCAGGGCUCUCAGUUGCCCCUAAGCACUUGUCCACGGGGGUCAGGGCUCUCAGUUGCCCGUAAGCACUUGUCCACAGGGGUCAGGGCUCUUGGUGGCCCAUAAGCACUUUUCCACUGUGCCCCCCAGGCUGCUGUUUGAUCGUGGUAUCUUCUGACAGCUCUUGGGCAUUCAGCACCAAAACGUUAUCAUAGUUUCUGUGAUAAGUUUUAGCUUAGCAGAACUCCUCUCUGCCUGUUUUUUUUUUUAAUCUUCAGGAAAAUAGUAUCACCAUAUUAUCUGUCAAAUGGAUCUUUACUUAAAAUAUUAUUUAUUUGAUCUUAUUUGUAAUUCUUUUAUGAAUGAAAAUUCGCUUUAUAAACAGUAGUUUUAUAUGUGGAAGUGGCAAGGUUUUAUUUCUUGACAGUUUGCUUUUUUCCAUACUUGUAUUAAAGGAUAAACUGUACGGUCAUUGUAAUGUGAAAAUGUGCAGUUCAAAAGAUAAGUUUGUAUCAGAAUAUAUAAUUUAUCUUAGUUGCAUUUCCAGGACACUUUUAUUGAUGGCUGUGAAAGAAGACAUUGUAAAUAUAGUUAGAUAUGCUAAACA